AUGGCGGAUGAGAAGAAGAACGGCGGACGUCUGAGUGACGCUAGCGACUACUCGUCGGAGGAUGAAGGAACGGAGGAUUACAGGAGAGGAGGCUACCAUGCGGUGCGAGUCGGCGAUACGUUUAAGAAUGGAUCUUAUGUGAUUCAGAGUAAGCUUGGCUGGGGACAUUUCUCCACCGUCUGGCUCGCUUGGGACACCCAAAAAUCGCGUUACGUAGCUUUGAAAAUCCAGAAGAGCGCUCAGCACUACACUGAGGCGGCCAUGGACGAGAUCAAAAUCUUGAAGCAGAUCGCUGAAGGUGACCCUGAAGAUAAGAAGUGUGUUGUGAAGCUUCUUGAUCAUUUCAAGCACGCGGGUCCUAAUGGGCAGCAUGUGUGUAUGGUCUUUGAGUAUUUGGGAGAUAACCUCUUGUCGGUGAUCAAGUACAGCGAUUACCGAGGUGUUCCUCUUAACAUGGUGAAGGAGCUCUGUUUUCACAUUUUAGUUGGGUUGGAUUAUCUUCACCGCGAGCUCUCUAUUAUUCAUACUGAUAUCAAGCCGGAGAACAUUCUGCUCUGCUCCACCAUCAACCCUGAAGCAGAUGCUCGGAAAUCCGGUGUUCCUCUUGUUCUUCCGACCGCUAAGGACAAGGCUGUUCCGGAGAGACAGGCUGAAAAAGAAAAACCCAAGAGCUACACGUACAGUGCGGAUAUGACUAAGAAUCAGAAGAAGAAGAUCCGGAAGAAGGCUAAGAAGGUGGUAGUUGAAGGAUGUGGUGGUGGAGAGGAAGGUUCGGAGGAGAAUGAGAGAGAUUGUAACUCCGAAGCAAUACCGAACGGGAACUCAACUGUGGAGAGGUCAGAAGGGAGCUCUGAAAGAGGGAAAGACGCAGAGAAUGUUGUUCCAAAGAGUCGUGGCAAUAGGAGAGGAAGCCGGUCCACGAGGCAGAAGCUGCUUGCGGAUGUUGAUCGGAAGUGCAAGUUGGUCGAUUUCGGGAAUGCUUGUUGGACUUAUAAACAGUUUACGAGUGAUAUUCAGACAAGGCAGUACAGGUGUCCCGAGGUUAUUCUUGGCUCAAAAUACUCAACCUCGGCGGAUAUGUGGUCAUUUGCUUGCAUCUGUUUUGAGCUUGCCACCGGAGAUGUUCUGUUCGAUCCUCACAGUGGUGAAAACUUUGAGCGUGAUGAGGAUCACUUGGCAUUGAUGAUGGAGCUUAUUGGGAUGAUGCCACGAAAGAUUGCAUUAGGCGGACGCUAUUCGCGGGAUUACUUCAACCGACAGGGAGAACUAAGGCACAUCAGGCGGUUGCGGUUUUGGCCACUGAGCAAGGUUUUAAUGGAAAAAUAUGACUUCAGCGAGGAAGACGCUACUGCUAUGCAAGAUUUCAUCAUUCCCAUUCUUGAAUUUUCACCUGAGAAGAGACCCACCGCUGCUCAGUGCCUAACGCACCCGUGGAUGAAUCCUGUCCCCAGAUCGUUGAAGCCGUCACCGAGUCCACAAAAAGCCAAAGAAGAAGAAGAAGAAGAAAAGGCAACAGAUGGAGAUAACACAAAGGAAAAGGACGAGAGGGAAGCCAUGGAGGCUGGUGUUGGGAAUAUCGCCAUUGAUAGUUCAGAAUCAAAGACCUCAGCAAGAGAAGGUCGUCUAUCUGCUCGUGAUCUUCGCACUUGA